AUGCAUCUGCCUGAGUUGAUUGUCCCAGCUCCCCAGACUAUGACGCACCGUCCCAACGAAGCUAUUAUGUACACAGGAGCGACAAUGGGAUUGUCCGCGUGCAACUUUACGGCGAGACAUCCCAUGAGCCAACAGGCUGAGAAGAGGAGGACUGUCGCUGUUGUGGGCACAGGCCUGGCCGGCUUGGUGACGGCCUAUCUUUUGCACCAUGACCCUCGACAGCGAUAUCAGGUGAAACUUCUGGAGAAGCGGAAUGAGUUCUCCUUGAGCUCCGAGUCGGUGACAAUUCCGACAUCAGAGCCGGGGAAAUUUACGGUGGCCGAUGUCCCCAUGCGCGCGUUUGCUGGUGGAUUCUAUCGCCAUCUGAUUCGAAUGUAUGACUAUCUGGGAGUCCGAUAUCACAGCCAGCAGUUUCUUUUCAGCUUCACACGGCUGUCUUCAAGAGGAUCUCCGUCAUCAGACAAGAUGUCAUCUCCACUUCAACCGCACAUGGUGCACGCAUCAAACUUCCAUAGGCUGCCUCCCGUACCGGGGAAGAUCGACUUGUUCUUUUGGCUGCUCGAGGCUGCCUACGCAUUGUUCUUCUAUGUCUGGUUCAUCAUCUGCGCUUCCUAUGUCGCCCCUUACGAAGCUUCGUCGUUUUCUUCCUGUGAAACUUUUGGUCACUAUUUGCAGAGAAUAUGUCUGCCACAGUACUAUAUUACGAAUUAUCUUCUGCCGUUGAUGUCGAGUGUCUGCACCUGCUCCCACCAAGAGCUGUUGAAUUUUCCCGCCUCCGAUGUGUUGGAAUACAAGAGGCGAACCCACCUGCAACCCCAUUAUGCGGUGGACACUGGGGUCCAAUCCGUCCAGGAGAAGCUAGCCAAAGGCAUAGAUGUCAACUUUGGGGUCUGCCUGACGCGGGUGGUACCAGGAUCUGACGGCGUACGACUCGAGUACACUGACGCGGAUGGCAAUGAGAAGUCAGAGAAUUUUGAUUUGGUCGUCCUUGCAAUAUCACCAGAUAUCGUUGCCGCAGUAUUCGAACCCUUGAAGGACAGCCUUUCCAGGAUCCCAACAACAACAGUCGAAACCGUCGCGCACACCGAUUCGUCGAGCGUGCCUCCAUUGUCUACUAAUCAGUCAGGACAAAAGAUCCACUUCCGUUUCGACAAGGAAAGCACAGAGGCGAUCCAUGAACAGCCUCAUUCGUCCGUCAUCGUCACGACCAACCCGAUCACGCCGAUCAAGCCGUCUCACAUCCUCCGGUCGGCGCGGUUCACACGGGUCCUCCGCAGUCCUGAAAGCCGUCGAAUCAUCAAUGACAUUUUCCGUGAUGACAAGGCUAAAGACACUGCUUCUUUCGAUUCCACCGCCCCGCGCUGGCGCAAUGGGGACGGCGGGGUGUAUCUCGCUGGGGGAUGGUGCUGGGAUGGAAUGGUGCUGUUGGAAGGAUGCGUUGUGUCCGCCAUGAGGGUUGCUUCUAGUUUGGAUGUGGAGAUUCCCUGGAUGUGA